AAAAAGGGAAAAUUAACAUGCAUUAAUCUUCAUAAGCAUAAUCAUUUAAACUAUCCCCUUGAGAUUUGAGAUUAAGAUUGAAAAACUUAGGCAAACACACAAGAAGGAAGACGAGGGUAGCAAUAAGAAUAGGUGAAAUUGGUUGAAGCAGAGGAAAGGGAAAUACAAUUGGAAAAGGAGAUAGGUGUGGCCAUGACUGAGAGCCCGACCUUAUCACCAUGGUUACUUUUAGUGAAAGGUGCACUUAGGGGAGUUGAGGGAAAGGAUGCGGGCGCUGGGGGAGUUGAAGGAAAGGAUGCAGGCGCUGGGGGAGUUAAAGGAAAGGACGCGCGCUGUGAUGGGGGAGUUAAAGUAAAGGACGUGGCCGAUGGAGUAGUUAAAGGAAAGUCACGGGGCGGUGGGGGAGUUAAAGGAAAGGACAUACCUGGCGGAACAGGUGAGGGAUUGGGCAUUGGGUUACCAGAGACGUUGUCACCAAAGUUACCUUGCCAAACACCUCAGGUGGACUAAGACAUGCUUAUCGAUUAGGAAAAAUUGAUUAAAACCAACAUACAACU